CUCCCCGUCCCGCGCCGUCCCCCACCCCUCCGCCUCCCGCUCGCGCUCGCUCCGCCGCGGCCCGUCCGUCCCGCUCGUCGCUCCGUCCGUGUCCAGCGAGCGGGCAAGCAAGCAGCAGCAUCGGCAGCAUCGGCAGCAGUCCCUUUCGUCGCCGUUGGCAAGAGAGAGAGCACAGGGAAGGGCGCGAAGGGGAGAGCGAGGCGAGAGGGAGAGACGCCGGGGCCGCGGCAGGCACCGCCGCCGCCGCCUCCCUCCAUGUUGGAUCGGCGCGACGCGGCGCGACGUCGGCUGUCGCGAACGGGCGCCGCGACCGCCGCUGCCGCUCCGUCUCCUCCCGCCGGUCCCCUUCCUCCUGCGCGUCCCCCCCAGCAGUAGCAGCGGCAGCGCAGGCGGCGCCGACGGCGGCAGCAGCAGCAUGUAACUGCCCCGGCGGGAUCCAUGUCGACCGAGCAGGACAAAGAGGCGGGCGGGAAGAAGCGCCACAAAGGCAGGAAACCCCUUGCAAGCCAUGCCCAACGUGAUGCAGCUAAGGCCGAUGAUGUCUUCAAGCCCCGCCCAUCACCUCGCAUCUAGUGGCACACGUGGGAACAGAGCAGGCGCAGAGGCUGACCCGGAUGGGAAGGACCUCUUUGGUCCACAGGGGAGCCCAGAGAAGAAGAAGAGAAGAAAUAACGCGCAGGCUCCCCCUCCCAUCUCGGAGUUCGCCCCUCCUCCGACCCCAAUGGUGGACCACCUCGUGGCCGCAAACCCAUUUGAUGAUGACUUCAUCCCGUCCAAGGGGCCGAUGGCUCCCAGCGGUUUCAUGGGCAGCCGUCCCGGCUUCCCGCCGCCCGGGCCCUACGGCGGCUACCGCAUGCCGGGCUCCGUCCCGCCGAGGAUGCCUUACGGAAGCCCGGGUUACAGAGCUGGCCCGCCGCACCACCACAUGGGCGGGCCCCAGGGGCCGCCGUUUCCACCCAACUACAUGGGCAUGGGGUUUGGCCAGGGUGGCGGAGGAAACUUCGGCCACCCCGCCAACGUGGGCUACGGUCCGCGCGGCGCCCCCAUGUUUCAUCCAGGCAGGGGUGGGCCUAAUUUCAGUCCGCCUCACGGCCCCAUGGCUGGGCCGGGGGCAGCGCAAAACUUUGGUGGGCCCGGACCCGGUCCCGCCUUCAGCCAGGGCUGUCCUCCGACAAGUAAUCCAAACUUUGGGCCUGGCCCUGGAAUGAACUUCAUGCAGAGUCCCCCACAAGGUGUAAAUCCGAACUCAAACAUAGGUGGUCCCAACCAAAACCUUCCACAGGGGAAUGGACAGAACCUCAACCACAUUGCCAACCAAAACUUCAGUCAAGGACUGCCUGGUCAAAACAUGAGCCAAAGUCCCAGCCCCAUCAUGAGCCAGCUUAUGAGCCAAGGCACAAUGAGAUUAAACAAUGGGCUAGGACCUGGCCAAGGGUUCGGGCCAAGUCCUGGUCAAAACAACAAACACGUGGGACCCGGCCCCAACAUCAACAGCCAGAGCCCCAGCCAAAGCUCCAGCCAACAGGGACCCAUUCAGAACAUGGGCCAGAACACAAAAGGCUUCGGCCAAGCCAACAACAUCAACCUCAAGAGCUUCAACCAAGACAGUAACAUGUUUGGUGGCCAGAUUGGCGGGGAUACCAGCAGCCCGAGCUCUAAUCAGCCCAUGGGCGGCCCAACGGUCAACUCCAACCAGACGAACUCGGGCCCCAACAAUGGCACGCUAGACGGCAACGCCAACAGCGGCGGACCGGCGCCCAGCGGCGCGUCUGCCCCGACGGGCUCUGUGAACAGCCGGCCCGUGGGCCUGGGCGGGGGGCCUCCUCCCUCGUACGCGUGUGGAGCCUGCCUGCAGGAGGUGAGCGAAGGCCAGGAGGCGAUCCCGUGCGAGGUGGCGUGCCAGCGCUGGUUCCACCGCGAGUGCGCGGGCCUCUCGGAGCUGGCCUACAAGCUGCUGGCGCGCGAGGACUGCGCCGUGUGGGCAUGCGACGGGUGCAUGGCGGGGGGGGACGGUCCUCUGCACCGGCUCACACCCACGCAGUCGCAGACGGCGCAGCCCUCGCCGGCCAACGCGGCCGGCGAGUGACACUUGCCCGCCCGCGAUGCCCGUAGCUUUUUUUUUUUUUUUGCAACCUCCAGUCCCCUCUGCGAAGCAACGCUACACUAAAGCUUGUGUCCACCGAACCUAAAAUAAGUCUGUAGCUGCCUGGGUCAGUCGAGCGACGGUCAUACACACUAAUACUGUUUUUGUGUCAUUUCUAAAAGGUAGAGAAUGCCAAGUUAACGUGAUCCGUCGCGUCUGGCGUACAGUCUGGCGUUCACGUUCCUCCCAGCCACUGCUGCAAGAUGAUUGUAACUCGCGGUGUCAUCGAGAAGUCAUGCCAGGAUGCAUGCAGGAUAAGCUCGUAUAGUUCUAAACGGGUUUAAAUGCCCCUUUGUAAUACAUUACAGUACAAUCCGCAGCCUGCAGGAGAUUUGCUACACGUUCAUAAUGAGCAGGAACAAAAAAAAUCCGAGCGGAAUAGUGCAAGCUAACAGUGCUUGGUAAAAUAAUUAAGACUAAAUAGGUAAUUCUCUCCACAGUCCCACAAUUUUGAGUGCAAGUAAAACAAAAAUUGGAUACAUUUUUUUACAGCCUUGCGUUAAUUUCCGCCACUUAACCUGGUGUCAUCACUGUAAGUGGGCAGCGCUGUAUAGCCAUAGCCGAGCGGUUACUUCACAAGCACAGACCUGCGCGACACAAUCGAUGAAGGGUCGCUCGCAUGUACGAGCGACAGUAUCUUAAAAUUUGAGCGCAUAUGACAAGCGUGUGUACCCAGUAGAGGUGUCUUUACCAAAAAAGGGGCCCAAAUGUCUCGUGGCGAAUGGCCCCAGGAAACACCUGUAACCCGCAUCCAAUGUUUACCAGGCAAACUUGUGACUGUGUGCAUCAGUGAACAGCUGUGUUUGCAGACACGAUCUCCCGCCAGAGUUCGUUUUUAGAUCAUCUCUGCUCGAGGGAUGCGGUUCCGAGGCAACUCGUGUUGGUCCAGUGCUUAUGAGAGGUCAGGCACUGGCUUGAGAUAAUUGCUUUCUGGGCCACGUGUUAAUUGCUGGUAAUUAUUCAUAUAUAACUAGGUUGAAAAUGCAACAAAAAAGACCCUUGAAUACAAAUUGGCGCAUUAAUAUGUAGUUUGUACACAAACAAGGCAGGCAAAAUUAAAGUGGCCUAAACGUUCUCUUCAUAUUUUAUAAAACACUAAAUGUGCUGAAGAUUCAAAAACACUGCGGAGCCACGAGGGAGGGGGAGGCCCUUUGGUUUUUUUCAAAACAUUACUCCAAAUGCCAUUUUUUUUAUUCAGAUAUGGUUUUGUUUAAACGUCUACCUGGAAUGUUACUCAACCUGAUGUUUUAAACGUGCAUAGAUUGGUUGUGGUGUUCUCUUAUGAGAGCUUUGAGUUUCCCGUGCUUGUUAAAUCUAGCAGUGUGCCACGUGUGUUUUAUGGGGUAGGCAGUGAAAUUCCUAACACGACCCUCUGUUCGGGUAGGCUUACUGCGUCGUUAGCAGCAGGCAUUCAAGAUCUCCGUGUAUUGGUUUCUGUGUGUCCGUUCGUGGCAGCUAUAAGAUGUAUGGUUUUUCAUACAAAAUAUUUCACUGGUUAGGGGUUUAGGGGAUUGGGGGGGGCGGGGAAAAAAUAUCGACAAUUUUGCUACGGUAAAAAAGUAACGUGUCCCAUGCUUUAGUGCUGUCGUGAUGUUGAACUUGCGUCCAUUGCAGUAAUUUGAAGAAAAAAACUUGUACCAUAGUGACAAUUUGUAGUGAUGGAUUUCUGUAUCGUGCUCAUUGUUUACAUGACUGGGAGCCAUUGAGUGCAUGAAGGGAAUUUGAAGUUAUACACGUAUGCUCUGGAUGAAGGAGCAUCUGCUCGCUCACUCUGAUCUGCACUGUUCAUUUUCUUUUCUUGUUAUUUUUUCAUUUCUUUUUCAUUAGAGACACGACGCAAAAGUGUGAAUUACUGGCAAUUUCUUAAAAGCAGCCGGGGGGGGGUGCCUUUUCAUGGUGAAGUAUGUAGGCUUUCAAAGUUGUCAUCGGUGAUCAAUAAAAAUAGAAAUGAUGUAAAGGCAGAGACCCUGUAAUUCAAAAUAAAUAAAUCAUAGGUAUGUUACCAUGUCAGAACAAGCUACUGUAUCUUUCUAACUGUGAUUACAGUAUGGUUUCGUUUGUGAAUCUAAACGCAGUAAAAUCAGAUUUGUAAAGUGAUGUGAAAACACGAGUUGAGUAUUUCAUUGAUAUUGUCAUAACAAUUACACUUGCAGAAUAGAAGUUUUGAAAGUUGGUUCCUAUUAAAAGUGAUUUGAUUGUGAAACACAGUCGAGAUAUCUUUACAUGACCCUCUAUUAAUAUCUCCAAAAAAAGCGACCAGUAAUUCUAGCAAGCCUAUUUAUAUCGCAUGUCCCGUGAGUCUUGCCAAUUGGGCCCAGAGUGUGGUGUAACCGACAGCAGAGGGAGGCGGAUGCCUUGGGCCAAUGACCAGGACUCGCCAGGCACCGUGGUGUCCUGCUCUGCAAUCCGUUUAGACGAUAAAGAAAGAGUGAAAACCGUGCGAUUUUGAGCCGCUACGGAAUGCAGGUGGUGGUGGUGCAAAUUUGCGUAAAUGUUCUUCCAUGCUCGUGAAGCGAGCAGUUUGAACACGCAAUCGAGGUUGGGCUGAACGAGGAGGGUGGAAGGGGUGCAGCGGCUAUUUGAGCCCGGGGGCCUUGAGGAAUAGGAAUAAAGGAACCCAUCAUUUCACCCAGCGGUGCGGGGUAAUUACGUGAAAACAGGCAGGGUCAGGUUCUUCCGUGGGGACGGAUUGCGAGAUUUAUGUAGGAACGGCAUAUAAUGGGUGUUUUUGUUUAUCCAUUGUGGUUUUUAUUUUCUUUGUGCAUACACCAAAUUAAAUACGGACGCAUGUCGGAUGUCGCAAAUGAGACGCAUUGGGAUGCGGGGGGAAAUCUGCCGAAUGAGCAGUGACGAUUCCUGCAGCAAGUGGGGUCUAUUCGGACAAAUAGCUCUGCAUCGGGUCAGCCGAUGCUGAGGUUGGGACUCUUGUGCCAGGAAUCAGUCGGCGGUGUUGGGCAAUGGGGUCAUGCUGUACAUGAAUAGAAUAAAGAGAUGGCAAUGUGGGGGCCCUUUUGAGAUAAAUAGAUGGCGUUUCUUUUUGUGAAUGGUACUCUGCUGCUUGUGAAUAACUCCACAAACUUCCCAAACCAUUUUACUUUCCGUUGCCUUUGUUUGUUUGUUUUUGUAUGAAAGUGAAGACACGCAAAGUUGUUAGUGUGGUCACAAGACGGUGUUGGCGUUGCUCUCUGCUACACGAGGUUCAUCGUGCCGGGUUAUGCUUAGUUAUAUACUGUAUCUAUUGACUUAAAUUUGCCCAAAAAACUAAUGGCAAUAAACCCUGAUUGUUAAAGUGCACGUUCUUAGGUUUGCGCAAGAAAUAAUAUAUGACAGUUCCCCCCCCCCCCCCCCCCCCCCAGUAACAGUUGGUAAACUGAUAGCCAAAUCAUAUUUAAUGAUCAAAAGCCACUUUUGCUGCGUUCUCUUUCAGCGCUGCCCAUCCCAAAGUGUAUAACACCUUGUGUUAGAUCUACAUUCUAGAGAAUGCUAACUAACGAUGCUAAUUGAUGCAACCUUUCAAAUAAACGAUGCAACACUAACCGCAAGGAAGGGAAAGGAAGGUUUAGAACACUUAAUUUUUUUUCUCCUCUUAUGUUCAGCAUUGUUUUACAAUUUUGAGAUUGUAGAAAUGUACAUGUGCAGAUGCUGUGUUUACUUCCCCCCCGGUGUACAAACAACAACGCUGCUAUGGUUUAAACAAUCAAAGAUGCCGGUAUUUUUGGACUCAACAUCACAAGAACGGUUGAAUACUGUGUUUUUAAAUAGUAAUGUCAAGAUAUGUUUUUAUGUGCUUGUUUAUAUUAAAAAAAUGACAACAUACUGUACAGCAUCGAGGUUUAUAAAAACGCGUGACGAUAAAAAGGGUGAAUGCUCUUGCUGUAAGUGUGGUCUUCCUUCACGUUUGCUGUGUUCCAUGGUCUGUGAUUGGCACGUUAAAAAACAAGUGACGCUAAUGUUCCGUUCAGGUACAAAGCAUUUGAAUUUGUGUUUGCCCCCCUUUGGGUGCUAUCAGUUACCAUUGAGCAUUAAGUGCUUUAUGAAGAAACGAGUGGGAAUGGUGUCUUUAAAAGCAUUAUGUGCCGUAAUGUUUGGCUUUUAGUUAUGACUGGCAUAUAGUGGUAUUAGACGAACAUUCAGUGUCCUAUGUUUUAGUAGAUUUCUAGCAUUUUAUAUACUGUUAUUGUGUUGGUAAUAAGCAAAAAAUUAAUUUUUAUACUGUUUUCAUACUCCAUUACCAUUACUUGUACAUUGUUCUUUGUAAUAAAAGAAAACAAAUGA